UUUAUCUCUCCUUUGUCUCCGUCUCUUAUCCUCUUAUCGAAUUAUCAAUCCCCCUCCCCUUCGCUUUGUAUAUAUAAAUCCCCACCUAAUUCAUUACCCCAUUUCCAAUUUUCCCUCGAGCAUUGAAUCCCACCCAGCUCUCGAGACCCUUCGCAACUGAUACAGAGCCAAAGAAAACAGAGCAAAAACAGAGCAUUCCUCCACCGUGAUGCAAUCUUGCUUCUUCCAAUACCAACCCCAGGAGUUCUCACCCGAGAAUUCCUCGAACUACGGAACGUUCAGCCACGAUAUGCUCCCCUUCAACUUCAACGACUCCGAAGAGAUGCUCCUCCUCGACCUCCUCGCCUCGGGGGUGAAGGAGUCCUCGGACUCUCUCUCCUCCAAUGGCUCCAAAUUCAAAGAAGAAGAAGUCACUUCCAGCACCUGCAGCACCAACGACUCGCAGCAGCCGCAGCAAGAGGCCAAUGCGAAGCACCAGGAGAAGGAGAAGUCGUACCGAGGGGUAAGGAAGCGGCCAUGGGGGAAGUACGCGGCGGAGAUUAGGGACUCGACGAGGCACGGGAUCAGGGUCUGGCUUGGGACGUUUGACAGCCCCGAGGCGGCGGCGCUGGCAUACGACCAGGCGGCCUUCUCGAUGAGGGGGUCGAUGGCGGUGCUGAACUUCCCGGUGGAGAGAGUGAGGGAGUCCCUUCGGGAGAUGAAGUACUCCUGCGAGGAAGGGUGCUCGCCGGUAGUGGCGCUCAAGCGGAGGCACUGCAUGAGGAGGAAGUCGGCAUCGUCGGCCGCGGCGGCGAGGAAGAGGAGGGAGAAGGAGGCGCCCGCCGCGUCGGCCCCGAACCUGGUGGUGUUCGAGGAUUUGGGGGCAGAGUACUUGGAGGAAUUGCUUAGCACGUCCGAGAGCAAUGACUUUGCUGCCAGCAGUCACUGGUGAAUUGUUAAAAGCAGAGGAGCUCCGGCUGCCGCUUCAGCUUCAGGGGAUUCUUUGUUUGAUUUUCUGGUUCUUUCAUUUCUUCUUUCCUCUCUCUUCUCUGUUUUUAUUUUUUCUGUAUUUUCUUUUUCUUCGGUUUUUUUUUGGGUUGGGUUUUUGCUAGAAUAUUGGGGA